AGACGGCGUGGAGACAGAGACAGAGACAGACGGGGUGGAGACAGAGGCAGAGACUGAAACAGUGACUGAUGGGGUGGAGACUAAAAAUAUUGGAGCUGGAAUUGUGCUGGUCUCUGACUCCUCCGUCCAUGGGAUCUGAUUGCUUAGGGGACAGUCUGAUCUCUGAAUGUGCAAUAAUCACUUAUCAGAUCAUUUUAGCAGUUCUGUCUCAUCCUGCUCACAGCUCUACAGCAUGCUGCUGGAGGACGCGUGCGUGUGUGUGUGUGUGUGUGUGUGUGUGUGUGAGAUGGAUAAGACAGGGGGGGAGUGCAGGGCUAAAUCUGUUUAAAUCCUUGUUAUAGUUAUUGUGCUUGCACUUGUUUGAAAGAAAAUGUUUUGUAUGAGCAUUCAGGAUGCAGGAGUGCUGUGGGUGUGAAGGGUGUGUAGUGUGUGAAGUGUGUGUGUGUGUGUGUGUGUGUGUGUGCUCAUGUUCCUGUGUGAGACGUGUAAUAUGAAGACUGACCAGCAGGCGUCGCUGUGUGCUCAAAGCACCAACAACCUGUUAUACCGAGUCUGCGCAGUGCGCAUGCGUGAAACUGAAACGAGAGAUGUGUUUGUUCUUUACACAUUAAAGCGCUGUAAAACAUCAGACAGCAAAAAGAUAAUGAUUUUUUAAUGUCUUUCUGUCAUUGAAAACGCGGAUAAUUUGCAUAUGCAUUAAGUUAGUAACAUUUACAGGGGAUGACAGUAUGUACAAACUAACUGCAAAAAAUAUAUAUAAGUGGGGUGUGUUCGGAAUUUAAAUUUAUUUAAAAAACAUUUCAUUCAUCAUCAUCAGCCUAUACAUGAAAUUAUUAUGUAUUUUUAUUUUUAUUUAACAAUGAAAACGCUGCAUGUACUUUUUGGCGUUUCCCUGCCCUGACCUGUGUCUGUUGCCAAGCAACAAACCCCGCCUUCCAGCGCUAUCAUUGGCUACAUGCAUCCCGCCUCCCUCGCUAGGAUUGGCGCACUGAAUGCGGAAUUAUACACUACUAACCAAUCGCGUGAGAGCAGGGCGGGAUUGCGAGAAUACGGGUAGGAAAGCAAGUAAAUAAAUAACGCACCCGUGGCUGGUUGCCGGGCGACGUCCAGCUUGGAGGCAGUGGGUUUUUCUGGAGAAGGAGGGAAAUGAAGGAAAUGAGGGGAAAUGAGGGAGUGGCAGAAAUCCGGAGAAAGAGGAGUAGAUGUGGCCACGAGCAUGCAGAGGAGCAGCAGAUAAAUGGGAUUAGAGUGAGCAGGAUUCAGGAGCCAAGGAAAUGAAGGCACCUGAUGCUGGAGCUACUUUAAAACACAAGUUAUGCGCAUCACAACUACUUUUUUUCUUUUUUUUUCCUCUGUGUGCUGCCUGAUUUCAUCUCCCAAAAGGACAAAGUAGUGAUGUUAUGAAAUCCACCCACAGUUCAUGACUGCGACGCGAAGCUCGUUCUCCAGCAUGAACUGACUACACGCUGUCGAUAAUUCCCCAUUUGUUUCUGGACGGGAAGUGACCAUGGGGGCACUGGGGUGCGUAAACGUGACCAACGGGACGAGUGGUGGUGCUCCGUACCCGCUGCAGGUGUCUCUGGUGGUGCUCGUGGUGCUGCUCAUCCUCCUCACGGUGUUCGGUAACGUGUUGGUGGUGAUCGCCGUGUUCACGAGCCGAGCCUUGAAGGCUCCACAGAACCUGUUCCUGGUCUCCUUGGCUUCGGCUGACAUUUUGGUGGCGACGCUGGUCAUGCCGUUCUCACUGGCCAACGAGCUGAUGGGUUACUGGUAUUUCGGGCAGGCGUGGUGCGAGGUGUACCUGGCGCUGGACGUGUUGUUCUGCACCGCCUCCAUCGCGCACCUGUGCGCCAUCAGCCUGGACCGCUAUUGGUCCAUCACGCAAGCUGUGGAGUACAACCUGAAGCGCACGCCGCGCCGCAUCAAGUGCAUCAUCCUCGUCGUGUGGGUCAUCGCCGCCGUCAUCUCCUUCCCGCCACUCAUCACCAUGGAGAAGGAGGGAGAGCAAGAGGUGGGGCGUCCCCUGUGCAAGAUCAACGAGGACAAGUGGUACAUCAUCUCGUCCUGCAUCGGCUCCUUCUUCCUGCCCUGCGUCAUCAUGGUGCUCGUUUACAUCCGCAUCUACCAGAUCGCCAAGAGAAGGACCAGAGGAAGAGGAAGAAAAGAGGAAGAGGAAGAACGGAGGAAGAACAAUGCUAAAAAGGAGGAGAACGGUGACGGACAAUGCCACGAGAAGCUCAACGGCAAGGAGGACGACGACAAGGACAAGGACGACGUCAACGGCGUGGACAUGGAGGAGUCGUCCUCGUCCGACCACAAGGACGACCACAACGCUUGCUCCAACAAGAAGAAGCGAGCCAAAGGCAAGACCAAGCUGAGCCAGAUCAAACCCGGGGACGAGACGGACAAGCGGUCCACGCGACAGAGCGCCAAUCGCGGCCGCUGGAAGGGCCGCCAGAACCGCGAGAAGCGCUUCACCUUCGUCCUGGCCGUCGUCGUUGGCGUCUUCGUCGUCUGCUGGUUUCCUUUCUUCUUCACGUACACUCUGAUGGCGCUCUGCGACUCGUGCUGCGUUCCCACCACGCUCUUCAAGUUCUUCUUCUGGUUCGGCUACUGCAACAGCUCGCUCAACCCCAUCAUCUACACCAUCUUCAACCACGACUUCAGGAGGGCUUUCAAAAAGAUCCUGUGCCGAGGAGAACGCAGGCUCGUGUGAAUCAGACCGAAUUCUGGUGUUUUGCUCUUCUACACCGAUGUGGGGUCAGCGUGUCAUUCUGAACUUUAACCUGUUCUGAUUCCCGCGUGUUUUACAGCCAGUACUGAACACGGUGUGCACGCUUACACCAUCUACACCAUCUACACCAUCACCGACGAUGAUGAGGAAAAAAAGGACAGGCCAAGGACAGGGCAGGAGGGUCGUGUGAAUGGGACGCUGCCGCUUGAGUGUUGGAGCUGACGUUGCUCUUUAACACCAGUGUGGGAUUCACUUCCCUUUUUGAACUUUAACCUACAAUCCAUUAUGACAAGACAAACACGAGGUCACGUCACUGUGAAAAGAGCAACUUCCCACCGUUUUUUUUUUUUUUUUUUUUUACAGCUUGUACAGAACACAGUGGACUGUGAUUUAACGACACAGCAUUAGAUUUAUCUGAUUUAUUGUGCGCUAACCAGCCAGAGGGGAAGUGUGUACAGUACACAGUAAUGCGCGUCGUGCUGUUGAAUUAUCGGCCCGUGAUUUGACACCUGCUUUUGUAUUAUACAUCAAUAGAGUGAUAAGAAGAAAAUGCCCUCCGGUGCUCUGCUCUGUAAAUAUCACAAAUCACACAGUGGGAACCUGCAAGCAAGGCACACACACGCGCACGCUGGUCAUUCUCCAUAGCGCAAACGUGAGGUGUUUUGUGUGUGUUGAUCACAUGGCUUGUGUGUGUGUGUGUGUGUGUGUGUUAAAUGUGCGUAUCAUGGAUGGUGAUGAGGUCUGGGGAACGUCAGAAAAUGUGACAAAAGAUGUGAACAUGAAGUUCCCUUCCUACCAGUUUGAUGUUAUAGACUCAACAAAAAUAUGAAAUAUGAAGAAUAAAAACCAUGUAGAAAGAAAAUCAGAUUUUUUUUUUUUAAUUGAAUUUCGAAUGAAUAGUCCUAGACUUCUCGUCUCGUGUGUGCUGUCGUGUCGGGUUUUGUAACUUCUCAGACAGAGAUUUAGAUUUUUCCCCUGAGCACUGAAACAUAAUCUGUUAUGAAAUUGUUGAUGCUGCUUACCACUACAAAUGAUCCUGUUUUUUUUUUUCCCCGGAGUAACAAUUCACUUAAUAUGAGCCAUUAGGCAAAUUGAUGUUGAGCCGGUCGUACGUGAACCAAACAGCAACUCGUUUCACAGCAACGCAGGCCUCUUCUCUAGGCUUUAUAUUUCUCUAAAGGCUGUAAAGGUGAAUAUAUUCAUGCUUUAACGGUUACUCUGCUGUAACACACUCGGCUCAGCUCGUGUAGUGAUGCACUAAUAAUUACGGCAGUUUGAAGAUAAUCAGGCAGUGAUCGAAGGUUGUAUUUGAAAUGAAACUGAUUAUGAGGUUGAAGUUAAGCAUUAAUGCAUGUUUUUUUUAUAUAUACACCAUGUACUAAUCGCAGUUGCAGUAUUUUGGGGAACAGAAUGAAUUAAGUUAAUUAAUUAACUCAGUCCUUCUCUGGUAAUCAUUCAAAGCUCCUGCUUCUGUAAUUUUGUCGCAGGUAAAUAAAAUGCAGAUAUGAAGAGAACCCACUUUUUGGAAGAGUACGUGGUGCUUGUGUGGCGCUGCACAACUCCUUUACCGCUUUCAUUCAUCUACAGUAAACGCUUUGUCCUGCUCAGAGUCACUGUGGUUUAAAUUACCAACUAAGUUUGUUAGAAAGUAUGGUGGCCAGUACAAACAAAAAUGCAGGAGGAGGCGGGAAUUGUCAGAAUUCCUUUGGGAAUGGAUUGUUUUGGUUGGGAACAGGCAGGAUUGGUCAGGAAUUCCUUCAGGAGUAGAGGAGAGGGUCUUUUUGCUCAGAAUUCCUUCAGGAGAAAGUGGGACUCUAGAAUUCACUUCAAUUUCUUUAAUUUCUACAGCGCUUUUAGCGAUAGACAUCGUCACAAAGCAACCUCAUGGAAAUUCCUUCGGGAGAAAGAGGGAUUGGUCAGAAUUCCUUUAGGAGUGGGCGGGGCUGGUCAAAUGUUUCGCGAGAGCAGGUCAGAAUUCCUUCAAGUGAACGAGAGAGUGGAAUUUAAAAAAAAAAAAAAACACCUCUAAUACAGCCUAGUAACUUUUGCGGCAUGUUUUGGAUCAUUAUCCUGCAAACCGAAGUGACUUUAAGUUUAGAGUUUGUUGGUUGGAUAUUUGGUUUUUAUUACUGUUUAGUUUUCAGACUAAUGUGUAAGCAUCAGUAAAGACCCGCGAUCCAGAUGGACCCGUAGCCCUGACUGCAUCUGACCACGUUUCCCAGAAGAGGAGGUUUGCUUUGGAUUGGGGAUCCUGCUCUAUAUCACACUCUCUUUUACUGUGGAACUCUGUCCAUUAAAAACUCUGCAGAACUCUACAAGUUUUAAUGUAGUUUUUUUAUCACACUGUAAUCUGAUCUGUCUGUUGUUGAGGCUUAGCAGUGGUUUCCAUCUUCUGAUACAUCAUCUUGAAAAUCAUGUCUCACUGACUGGAAACCUCACGGUGGAAGAGGACAAUCUUCAGAACUCUAUACAUUUUAAGCAAACUGUUUUUAAUGCUAAAUGAUUCUGAGAUCAUUUUUUUGUGGUAAUCCUGGAGACAUGUGCAUCCUGGAGAGUGUUCUUCAUCCUGAGUAUUUUUUAUUUUUUUUUUAGCUUCAUGAUGACCUGCUUUACUCAUGUUUUUUUUUGUCCUGCUGAUGAACAACAGUAACAGAACUCAGAUGCCACCUCUAGAAUCUAGGUCUUGUGGUUAGCUGUUGUACACGAACAAACCGCACACUGACGCACAUCUUUUAAAAAAAAAAAAAAAACACCAAGAAAACAAAUGUACAUUUCUUUUUUGGUCUCCUGAAAUAAAGUGAGUGUACUGUACCUGA